UUCACAAUUAGGGCACGCCAAAAAAAGAUAACACCACCACUUUCACAAUUUAGAGAUAUACUCGAUUCCUCAGGUGAAGAUGAUGGCGACAAAUAUUUCAGUGCGCAAAUGCAAUGCUAUUAUUCUCUCUUCCUUUCAUCGUUGUUGUUCAAAAUCCUUUUCGGUGAAAGCUAAAGUUGGGUCACACAUCAAUUUUGACAAGGAGGUCAGCUGUUUAGAUGAUGCUGUUAGUCUCUUCCAUCGAAUGGUCAGAAUGAAUCCUCUUCCUUCUGUGAUAUAUUUCUCUAAAUUAUUCAAGACUAUACUAACUAUGAAGCAUUACUGUUCCAUCGUUUCUCUUUUUCGACAAAUGCGGAAAUUGGGCAUUCCAAUUGAUGGAUUCAUCUUGAGUAAUGUGAUUAACAGUUACUGUUUGAUGCAACAUGUUGAUUGUGCAUUUUCAGUGUUACCCAUUUACUUGAAGACUGGCAUUCCAUUUAAUGUCGUCACCUUUACCUCCUUUUAUAAGGGGAUUAUUUGCUGAACAUAAAGUCAUAAAUGCAAUUGUCUUGUUCAAAAAGUUGGUGAGGGAGAAUAUUUGUGAGCCCGACCAAAUUAUGUAUGGAACUGUCAUAAAUGGGCUCAGCAAAAGGGGUCACACUCAAAAGACGUUUGCUUCGGCUAAUGGAACAGGGAAACACUAAGCCCGACGUAUGUAUCUAUAGUAUUGUUAUUGAUGCCCUUUGCAAAGAUAGAAACUUAGAUGCUGCUAUCAGUAUUCUGAACGAGAUGAAACAGAAAGGCAUUCCUCCGGACAUAGUCCCAUAUAGUUCAUUAAUUGAUGGUUUGUGUAAGCUUGGUCAGUGGGAAAAGGUGAAGACAUUGUUCUCUGAGAUGG